AUGUCCCUUCGCCUCGCUAUUCGUCCUAUUCGCUCGGCUGCGCGGCCGACGCUUGCACGCGCAUACGCGCAGCUCGAUGGAGGCGACCCGAAUACCGGCAAGUGGGAGACUUCGAUGAGCAAGGAUGCUACCGAGUCCGAGGCCGACGUGCGUGCCGACCACGAGGGACCCAAAGGCAAGCCGACGCCCGCAAUGCAGGAAGCAACUGCUUCAGAGGCCAAGAAGGAGGCGGCUAAGGCUGCCGAGUCGAAGAAGGGCAAAGAGGGCAAGUAG